AUGAUUUAAUAAGGCAAUUUAAAGUUAAAAUGUUAAGUAGAUGAGCAUAAGGAAGAGAUUGAUUUUAUUUGUUAUGAUUAGUUUUGUACAGGAUUUCGAUUAUAAUGUUUUGAAUGUUUUAAAAAGGGAAUCCAUAAUAAUCAUAUAAAUGAUGUCAAAAAAGUAAACACUUUGAUUUAAUUCCUUGAAAAUAAUAAUAAAGAUUGUGAUAAUUUAAUUGAUGAUCUUAAUAAAUGUGUAGAAAAUGUAAAUUAAUCAUUUUCUUAAUUAAAAAGAGGAAUCAGAAAUAAAUAUUCAUUAUUAAAAGAAAGAUUAGUUAAUUUGAAUUCUUGUUAAAUUAAUGAUUAUUUGAAUUCAACUAUCUAAUUAAAUGAAUAUAAAUAAUCUAUUUUCAAAAUAAUUGAAGAAUAAACUAAGAAAUUAACUCAUUCAUUUAAUAAUUUAUAUUAAUAAUUAUAAUUAUCAUCAUUUAAUUAUUAUUAAGUUGAUGAACAUGAUAUAAAAUUAUCUGAAGAUCUAUAUUAAUAGAGUAUUUAUUUAAUAAUUAUUUAUAUUUUAGGUUUACAGUUAUAUAUAAAGAAAAAGCAUAACGAGGCCAUAGAACUAUUAGAUAAAUCAAUUUAAAUAAAUCCUAAUAAUAAGGAAUCUUUAUAUUACAAAGGUGAAAAUAAGCUAAUUUUAUAGGGUAGUGUCUAAUUUGGUUAAAUAAAUAUGAAAAUGCUAUCACUUAGUUGGACAAAGCAUUAGCUAUUGACACCAAACAUGUGGAUUCAUUAAGUUCUAAAGGUGGAUUUAAUAUCUUUAUAUAAAUAGGUUUAUGUUUAACGACGUUAAAUAAAUUUGAAGAUGCAAUUACUUGGUUGGAUAAAGCAUUAGCUAUUGAACCCAAACAUGUUAUAUCCUUAAGUUAUAAAGGUAGAUUUAAUCAUCUUUAUAUUAAUAGGUUAUUGUUUAAAAUCUCUAAAAUAAUAUGAUGAAUCUUUAAAAUUUCUCAAUCAAGCAUUGUCCAUCAAUCCUAACCAUACCUUUAGUCUUGGUUACAUAGGUAUAAUUUAAGUUAUAUUAAGGUAAUUGCUUACAAGAUUAAGAGAAAUAUGAAGAAGCUCUGAUAUAUUACGAAAGAAAAUUAAAGAUUUAUCCUAAUGAUUAAUGGACAAAAAAUUAAAAGGGUAUUCUUCUUUUCUAAAUCUAGAAUUUUGUGAAAAUCAAUUGAAAAAGUGA